UGUUAAAAUUGUCUACACAGCGCUAACAUCGAUCGGCGGACGGCGACCACACGAAUCACGAUACAGCUCGUACGACUUGUGACCGUUUACUCGUUCCAAAAGCUGCGUUUGAUAACGAUCAUCGCCGUCGUCGAUACUCGCGUGCUUUCAUAAUUAUUCGUCAGACGCGUCGUUUGUACGGGUACUCUCAGUUGUCGUUUCACGCUAGUUUUUCCGACUAAACUCAGUCGUCCACGUCGUAAAAACGCGUAGAACCGAGCUAAGCGAUUACAAGUCGUGAUUUAAACACGCGUGCGUCUCGAUCGUAGCUAUUAAAAGUACGUACACCGCGUAGAGAAAACGUCAUUGUUGGCCAAGAAUAAAAGUCGUCGUCGUCCGUCGUCGUCAUGCACGUCCUAGUGAGGAUGAUGAACACCGGCGUGUCGGUCGCGAUACCCACGUCUAGGACGACGAAGAUCGGCGACUUGAAGACACUCGUCGAGAAGAAGUUCGACGUCAAACCGGAAAACCAGCGAUUGUUCUUCGCGGGCAAACAGCUUGAAAACCAAUAUAGCCUCUUUGAUUAUAGUAUUAAUAUAAACGAAGUAAUACAAUUAAUAGUUGUAGUAUCUGCUACUGAAACUGACUCUACAAAAAAAUCAGAGUUAAAGGUUCCUAAGAAUUUAGAAGAUGAAAAAUGUAUUCAAAGUUGUUCUACAGCCACCAGUUCUAUAACAGAAGAAGACAAUAUAGAGGAUAUUUCUGAGGAUAUUUCUGAGGAAAGCAAGUAUUUUAAAUUAGGCGAUUAUGUUGAUGUACGAGAUUUUGAAUAUGGUGUAUGGUACAUGGGUAAAAUAGUGAAGAUAAUAAAAGAUAUAUCUGUAGGAAAUGAAGAAACUUCCUCUGAUAAUCAAGAGGAAAAUGAUGGACUUAUUUAUUUUGUAGAGGACGUAGGAGCCCCUAAGGACCCACCUACCAAAGUUACAUUGAAAGAUAUAAGACCUUAUUCUACUGAAAAUUUGCCAUUUGAUCAAUUGAAAGUCAACGAUAUAGUUCUUAUGAAUUUUAAUUCUGAACAUCCUAAAGAACGUGGUUAUUGGUAUGACGUGGAAGUAAAAAAGAUAACAGUUAAUAGACGAAAUCGAGAAGUAAUAGGAAAUGUAACGCUUGGAUCGAAUAAAGCAGUAUUGAAUGAUUGUCGAUUGAUGUUCCUAGAUGAUAUCUUAAAAAUAAAACCACAUAAGUUAGUUGCAGAGAGGACAGAAGAAGAUGAUGCAAUUAUGCAAACAAAGCCUUCUGUUGAAAGAGCGAGAGCUUUGAGUUGUACUAAAUGCAAAGAUAAUGUUAAUAAAUUAUGUUACGACUGUGGAUGUAGUAUUUGUGGUGGCAAGCACGAUGAAGAUAAUCAGAUAAUGUGUGAUGAAUGUAAUGAAGGUUUUCAUACAACAUGUCUUUCACCACCUUUGACAGAAAUCCCUAAAGAUGAUGAUUGGUAUUGCCCAAAAUGUAAAAAUGAUGAAAACGAAAUUGUAAAAGCUGGUGGAAAAUUGAAGGCUUCAAAAAAAAAGACAUUGGCGUCAACAUCAAAACGUGAUUGGGGAAAAGGUAUGGCAUGUGUUGGUAGAACAAAAACAUGUAACAUUGUUCCACCAAACCAUUUUGGUGCCAUUCCUGGUGUUGAAGUUGGCACUACAUGGUUAUUUCGCGUUCAAGUAUCUGAAAGUGGUAUUCACCGUCCACCAGUUGGAGGAAUACAUGGCCGUGAUAAUCAAGGAGCAUUUAGUAUUGUAUUGAGUGGUGGUUAUGAAGAUGACAUUGACAAUGGUGAUGAUUUCAUGUAUACUGGUUCAGGUGGUAGAGAUCUAUCGGGUAACAAACGCACCGCUCUGCAGAGUUGUGACCAAGAAUUGACACGUUACAACAGGGCUUUAGCUCUUAACUGUAAUGCAGAAAUCAAUGAUAAAAAAGGAGCAACAGCUGUGGAUUGGAAAAAAGGCAAACCGGUUAGAGUUGUACGGAACUAUAAACUUCAUAAACAUUCCAAAUAUGCACCUGAAGUGGGCAACCGUUAUGAUGGUCUUUACAAAGUUGUGAAGUAUUAUCCAGAAACUGGAAUAUCUGGAUUUAUUGUAUGGCGCUUUGUAUUGAAAAGAGAUGAUCCUACUCCAGCCCCUUGGACAGCAAAAGGCAAAAAGCGUAUAGCUGAACUAGGUCUUGAAAUAAUUUAUCCAGAAAAUUAUAUACCACCUACUGAACUUGACAAUAAAAAAUUACCGGGGUCUAACAGAAAAAGAACACUACAAGACACUGACACUGAAAACAAUGAAUUGGAUGGAAAUUUACCUAAAAAGAAAGAUGAAAAAAAAGACUCUGUAAAAAAACCAAAAAUACAGUAUAAACUAGAAAAAGAAGGAGAAGAAUUUAUCAAAGCUGAUGCUGCCAAUAAAAAAUAUUGGGAUGAUUGUAAGGAGUUGUUGAAAGACGGCCAGAAAGCAUUUUUGGAUAGAGUUGAAGAAACUUUUAUGUGCAUAUGUUGUCAAGAUAUUGUAUUUGAACCAAUCACAUUAGAAUGUUCCCACAAUAUUUGUAAAGGGUGUUUGAAAAGAUCAUUUGCUUCUGAGGUUUACCAAUGCCCAUCAUGUAGAGCUGAGUUGGGAAAAUCUUAUCAUAUGAACAUAAAUACUUUAUUGGCGACUACACUUUUGUAUUUCUUUCCAGGAUAUAACAAAGGUCGUUAAUAUUUUACAAACAACUUUUACUAUGUUUAUUUAAAAAGAUGGCAUAAAACAUUGCUUAAUAUAAUUUCUAUUAAUUAUCUCAGUAAAAAAACAUGAUAGAUCAGUUAUUUAUUUACAUAUAUUUUUUAGGUUAAUUUAUUCAUACAUUUAUACAUAUUGAUUUAUUUUUUAUUAUACUUGAAAGAUAGACUAACUCUUUUUUAAUUAAAAUGUCUUUCCAUAAAUUUUGUAUUAAUGGUCCAUUAAAAGUUUUUUGAUG